AUGGGCAUCGCCGAGUCCACGCUGGACGAGCUGCCGUCGGACGCGGAGGAGCAGCUGCGCCACGGCGAGCAGCAGUUGGAGCUGAGCGGGAGGCGGCUGCGCCGGCUUCCCAGCGCCGUGUGCGCGCUGAGCCGCCUGGAGAAGCUGUACGUGAGCGGCACGGGCCUGCGCGAGCUGCCCGAGGAGAUCGAGGAGCUGCGCGAGCUGCGCAUCCUGGCGCUGGACUUCAACAAACUCGAGCGCCUGCCCGACGGCCUGUGCCGCCUGCCGCGCCUCACGCGCCUCUACCUGGGCGGCAACCGGCUGCUGGCGCUGCCCAACGACUUCGCGCAGCUGCAGAGCCUGCGCUGCCUCUGGAUCGAGGGCAACUUCCUGCGGCGCUUCCCGCGGCCGCUGCUGCGCCUGGUGGCGCUGCAGUCGCUGCAGAUGGGCGACAACCGGCUGCGUGCGCUGCCCGCCGAGCUGCCGCGCAUGACGGGCCUGCGCGGCCUCUGGCUCUACGGCAACCGCUUCGAGGUGUUCCCGCCCGCGCUGCUGCGCAUGGGGCGCCUGCACAUCCUCGACCUGGACCGCAACCGCCUGGGCGGCUUCCCCGACCUGCACCCGCUGCGCUCCCUCAUGGCCGAGCGCGACGAGCCCGUGCCGCGGCCGCCACCCCGGCGCCCCGCGCGGGCCUUUGAGGAUGAGGAGGAGGAAGACCUGCUCAUCGGGGGCGGCUCCCGGGCUCUGGGCCCCCCGGGGGACAGCCUCCGCGCCCUGGAAGCCUCUCCAGGACUGGGCACCUGAGCCUGCACCCGGGGUGAUGCACUUGGGCCGCUCUGGGAGGAGGGGCUCGGGGAGGCCCGCUGGAGCGGUGGGCAGAGGAAGGGCCGCUGCGCGGGAGUCGCCGGGAGCAGACAUUCCUGGGGGCAGGGAGACUGCCCCCUGACUGCUCUCUGCGCAGUCGUCGGGCCAAGAAGCGCGGGCUCUAUCCAGCCCCUGCGACUCUGUGGGGUCCCUGAUAGCGUUCCUGACCACACAGUAGAGGUGCCGGCUUCCUCCUGGAACUAGGGUCACUGCUGUCUGCAGAAUCACCACCUUGGCGGAGCCUGGAUGCUCAGGGUGCCCACCAGCCUCCCUCCUCCCGGAGUCUGGAUCUCCGAGACCCACCCUUUCCGGCGCAGGAGCCCCUACCUCUGAUGGACCACACGCCUGUGCGAGGCAGGCGCCCAGGACAGAAGCGGGAAACUGGGAUGGGGACUAAACACCGCAGCUGCCCUUGCCCCCCUACCGGGGCUCAUUGUACAUACUUCCCUCCCCAAGUCCCCCAAAGUUUGUCUGGGGAAGGGGGGCUCAGGAGGCAGGGUCUCCACCGCCGCCUCUUAUUCAGCUCUCUUCUCCCAGCUCGCGCCUGGAAUCUCGCUGGGAAGAAGGCUCUUCCUCCCUUCCCCCAGCCGGAGCCUCCGGCCGUCAGUUUUGAAAAGCAGCCACUCUGCCUGGGGCCUCCUGCACUGAAGAGAGUGGCUCUCUGCUCUGGGAGGCUGCCUAGCGCCUUUCCCAUUGCCUGCACUCUCCAUUCCCUUAAAUGGGCACAGUCAGGGUGGCUGGCACAGCGGCGUGGGCCAAGGGACGAGCACUGUGUGCCUCCACUCCGUCACCAGGGACAGCCUCAAGUGGGUG